UCGCUUAGCUGUUGUUUGUAGGGCGCUGCUCGUGCACGGCCCCAGUUCUGACUUGCAUCAUAGCUGUUAUUUGUUUUUCCAAUAGUUAUUAUCAUCGUUUUAUUCCACCGGUGUGUGUGUGUGUAGUAAGACGUGCGCGCACGCGACAGUGUUAUAAAUAUUGCAGAACAGUAAUAAUAUCAUUUCCGGUGUAUAAGGUUUUAUAUUGAAUAUAAUAACAAUAUAAUAAAUACCAUUCCUGCGUUUUAAGACUAUAUUAUAAUAAAUAAAGUUCUUCGUGGAACCCGGCGCUCGAUUUUUGCCAACCCGGUGCGAGAAAACCAACGGUGCAUACACCGCAAUGCAUUUCGUCAACGACGUGUCCAAGUUCCUUUACAGCAGUCUCAAGAACGAAUCGAGCAGGCUCAGGAGCUAUGCGGUGAAUAGCGUUUACAAGUAUCCGACUAAAGUUCGAGUCGUUGAAGUAGGACCGAGAGACGGUCUACAGAACGAAUCUAAAAACAUUCCAACGGACGUUAAAGUAGAAUUCAUCAACAGACUGUCUGCGACAGGACUUAAAAACGUUGAAGCUACUAGUUUCGUUUCACCAAAAUGGGUGCCGCAAAUGGCUGACCACUCAGAGGUGUACAGUAAGAUCGACAAAGUGGACGGUGUGUCGUAUCCGGUGCUGGUACCAAAUAUGCGAGGUCUACUCACAGCCAUGCAACACGACGUUAAAGAAAUCGCCGUCUUUGGUUCCGCUUCUGAAGGAUUUAGUCAAAAAAACAUUGGCUGCAGUAUUGCUAAGAGUCUGGAAAGAUUCGAAGAUGUAGUUUCCACUGCUUUAGACCACGGUAUCAAAGUUCGCGGAUAUAUUUCUUGCGUGUGUGGGUGUCCGUACGAUGGGGCUGUAUCGCCUCAAGACGUCGCUAAGAUAUCCGACGCGUUGUUCAAAAUGGGCUGUUAUGAGAUUUCUCUUGGAGAUACAAUUGGUAUUGGCACACCGGGCUCAAUAAGAGCAAUGUUACAAGAAGUCAUGGAAAUUGUGCCUGUUGAAAAUUUGGCUCUCCAUUGUCAUGACACUUAUGGACAAGCAUUGUCUAACAUACUUACUGCUCUCGAGAUGGGAGUUUCAGUCUUCGACUCAUCGGUGGCUGGUCUUGGCGGCUGUCCUUACGCCAGAGGUGCUUCUGGUAACGUGGCCACUGAAGAUUUGAUUUACAUGUUGCAAGGAAUGGGAAUCGAAACUGGUGUGGACAUGGACCUUUUAUUGAGUGCUGGCAGGUAUAUUUGCGAGGAGUUGGGAAAAAGUACAGAAUCGAAAGUGGCCAGAGCGUUGUCCGGAAAAGAAAAACCUAUGAAAUUCUUGCAAUCCUACAAAAAUCAAACAUCGCUCAAGAACUAACGAUCUUCUUAACACCUAUAAAUUAUUUCACUUAUUAUCAUUCGAAAUAUCUCUAUCGUCUUGUGUAAUUUAGUGAAUUUUUAAUUAUUUAUAUAAGACUGAAUCUAUUACAUUUGUCUUGAAUGUGACUUUAAACGUAAUUUUUUUUUAUAUUUAACUAUCGUUUAUAGAUGAUUUUUAUAAUAUUUUAUUUUAUUACCGUAUUAUUAUAUUCAUUAUCAUAUGCAUUACACAUGGACAAGUACUCGAUCAUCUGACAAUAGGCACAAUUCGUGAAAGAGAGAUGUACUUGGAUCAUGAGAGGGUUAGCUCU